CCGGACUAAGUUUGUUAGGUUAACUUUCUAUCGUUAUAUUUUCAAUUUUUAUUGAUGCAGAUUUUUUGACAUCUUUUUAUAUAAACUAUGUUGCCAGUUCAUACUUUAAAUAAUGGACAACAAAUACCGGGGAUUGGAUUGGGAACAUUUCAGAUGAAACAAGUGCCAGGGGAAGAUUUAAUUCACAGAACUAUUGAUACAGCAAUCCACUGUGGCUACAGGCUCAUUGAUACUGCUGCUGUAUACCAGAAUGAGGCAGAUAUUGGGGAGUCACUGAAAAACCUUUUGCCCAAGUAUGGUCUCUCCAGAUCUGAUAUUUUUCUGACAAGUAAACUGUCCCCCAGAGAUCAUGGUUUUGAUAGCACAGAAAAGGCUUUUAUGAAGUCAUUGAAGGCACUAGACUGUGCAUAUCUUGACCUGUAUCUUAUACAUUGGCCUGGUGUUCAAAAACGCAAGAGCGAUGAUCCUAGGAAUGCGGAGCUGAGACAAGGAAGUUGGAAAGCUUUAGAGAAACUUUAUAGCACUGGUUUAGUCAAGUCAAUUGGAGUAUCAAACUACACUGUAGAUCAUCUGGAAGAACUUCUUCAGUAUUCAACAGUCACACCUGCUGUUCUUCAGGUUGAAUUCCAUCCCAUGCUUUACCAGAAAGAUUUGCUUGAAUACUGCAAGAGUAAAGGAAUUCAGUUGCAAGCAUACACCUCUUUGGGUCAAGGAAAACUUUUGGAGGAACCAACUGUGUGUACCCUGGCUGCAGAGUACAGAAAAUCAACAGCUCAAGUGCUUCUGAAAUGGGCUCUUCAGCACGAUGUUGGGGUUAUUCCAAAAUCUGUUAAGGCUCAACAUAUUAAAGACAACAUCUCCCUCACCGACUUUCAUCUUUCUGAACAUGACAUGGAGGUGCUUGGCCGGAUGCACUCCAACACCCGUUUUUGCUGGGAUCCUACGAGAGUGAAAUGACUUCGGUUAGACCUGGAGUUUGCAAAUUUUGGUAUAACUACGUUAUACAAUGGACUGUGAGCGGUUAGCUUGCAUUAAAUAAAGGCGGUACGGAGGACGGAAGGACCGAACUAAGCGAGGAAAAAUUCAUCCAAUGCCAAGCGCCGGUGAUCACCUUGCUACCAUCGUGGGAUAAUGUGCAGCAAGUGCCAAGCGCGGAGAAGCAUUCAACAGGCGCUGUACACGGGAAACGAACCUACUACCAACACGUUGCAGAUACACAAGUACUCGGCGAAAAACGCAGGAAAACAUUGAGCUUAAGGACACCUGGCGAAGUUUGAAUAAGUCGCAAGAGUUAAAAAUCAACAAAUAACUAGGAUAUACAGUUUAUCUGUUCCAACUUAUAAUGAGUUGAAUGCAAUGGUUUAACUUUUGAAGAAGAAGCUCUAUUUCAUAGUGUGUUUUACCAGGUAAUUAACUGAAAUAUCGGGCCAAGGAGAAAGCUGUUAAUCGGGAGCAACUGGAAAAACGAAAAAAAUCGCAGAGUGCUCCUUGACUAGGCAGUGGAAAGGCGAGAAAAGAGCUAAGAGCAUUCCUUUCAAUAUUUUCCGGGAUGUAAGUCUCUUAAUCGACUGAAAUAAUUAUGUCUGUCUACUGGCUUGGGACAAUAUUAACUGAGAACGUUUGCCUAAAUAUGUUAUGCCAGAUUUUUGAUAAAAGUGAGUCAAGCGCCUCGGUAAAUUAUGAAAGCUGGUGUUUCCGAUCGCUAACUUUCUAUUGGACUUAAAGAAAAGUUAUUUUGUAUUAACAUCGUGAUUACAUGAUUAGUGGGAACGUCAGCUUUUCAAAUUUCGCUACCGUGGGUUACUUACUUUUAUCGAAAUAUAGUAAACUGAAACAAACCUACUGUUUGACAUGCCAGCCGACGCGGAAUUAC